AGAGUGCAUGUUCACAGAUGAGACGACACCAAAGCUCUGCUGUUUCUACAAUAUCACUUGUUAACAGGAACUACUUGAAGGGCAUUUCAAAGGUCUCAGCGCUUGCCUUUAGGAACUGGAAGCUAUCUGAGUUAUUGCCGAUAUGAGAAAUCAAGCUGUUGUGCUUCUUGCUGCUGUAAUUAUUGUCCUUAUAACCUGGGGACUUUCCAAUUCAUUUGAUGUUCUGGAAGAAGCAGGAUAUAUUCUUGGGUUUAAUGACAAUCACCAAAUCAAAGCAACAUUCCAAAGAGCAUAUUCAAUAACUGGGCCUAAGUGCAGCCUCACCAGAGUCUGUCCGUCGGACCAUUUUGCUUUGCGAAUCAGCAGCGGAGCAGCUAAUGUUGUGGGACCAAAGAUCUGUUUCGAUGGUAAAAUCCUUAUGAGUAAUGUGAUGAAUAAUGUGGGACCAGGACUGAACAUUGUGGUGGUAAACGGUACAAAUGGACAAGUGGAAAAAUGUGGCUACCUUAAUAUGGAUACUGGAAAGGCAGAAUACAUCCUGGCGUACCUGAAGGAGAUACGACCUGGAAUGAUUGUCUUGGUGGCCUCGUUUGAUGAUGUGACACCAAAAAUGACAGAUGAAAUGAGGGAGGUGUUCGUCGGAAUGGGAAGCACUUUGAUCAAGUCUGUAAAACACAGAGAUAGCUGGGUGUUUGCCGGGAAAGCAGGGACAGAAAACAGAACCCUCUUUGAGAAGCAAGCCGUUAAUGAUGAGAAAACCAACAUUUACGAAGGAUGGCCGGAGAUAGUGGAGAUAGCCGGCUGUAUCCCAAGGACCCUAACCUUAAAGAACCGGAGAAUAUGACUCCCAUGUAAAAAAUGAUGCCACUCUCAGAGUGUAAAUAGUUUAACCCAGAACGUACCUUAUAUAUUUACUGAAAAUUAUAUGUACUAUAUUAAUUGAAUUGUGUUUCUCUACGUUGUAGUUGUACUACACUGCCUCUGUCUGCUAUGUGUAUAACGACAAUCUGUCGUAAGACCUCUGUCGCUCUUCCUGAAGUUUCCUGAAGUUUUUCCUCAUCUUGAAUCAUGGUUCUAAGGAUUUUGUACGGAUUCUAAAGAUGUCUGAGGCAAGUCUGUCAUUUGUGAUUCUAAGCUUUAUAAAUAAAAUGUACUGAACUUCACUCGUGCUCGCUAAUAAUAAUAGAAAAUGCAAAAGUAAUGUUCAAAGAAUGGAAAGAAAUGGAAACGUUUGACACACUGACACAGGUGACUGGCUACUGUGCAACUAUUUAUUACCAGUAGACAAUGAUAUUAAUGGGAUACUGGCAGUAUGACCCUCUGGGAUCAUUUAUCAUUUAAAUGUCAAUUAAGACCAGUGUUUUAACCUUUUUUAUCUAUUUAUUACAUUUCUUUCCAUGGAAGCACAUUUGUUGCACAACUUUUUAUUUCACCAGUGGUGUAAGAAGUACUCCUUUUACUUUAGUAAAAGUACAGAUACAAUAUAGUGUGGACAUUUUAAGUUUCAUUGUAAAAAAAAAUGUAAUCAACAUGUCUAGUCUAUGUAGU